UAAUAAAAAUGUAAAAUAACUUAAUAUCAGAAAUACAUACAGUCAAAUCAGCAAUUAAGUUACAACUUUAGGAACUGAAAUGAUCAAAGUAAUCCCAGCAAAAGUGUCACAUUUUAUCCACUUAACACACAUAUUACACAGAUUUCGGCUUGCUAACAAUAAAUACUACAAUGUCUCGCGCCGCUGAACUAGAAACAAAAUCCAAAAAUGUUAAGCCCAAUGUUAUGGAUAGCGAAUUUGACAACUUUUGGUUAAAGGUUAGUUGUUUUGCAGCCAACAAUUUUCCCUACGAGGAGCGAUGCGCGUUUGUCCAACAAGCUGUGGACUGCAAUUUGACCACCAAUUUGGUACCAUACAUGAAACUCCUAUCCUGCGAUCUAAAGUGCGUCAAUGAUUUCGAGAAAGUAAUCUUUGUAAACAUAUUCGUGGGGAUCUGUUUUCUAAUACUGGUUAUGUUGAUUCACACGAUCAAUGAUUACUAUAUCCCAGCUCUAAAAGCCAUAUCCCAAAGCCUUCAUAUGAACGAGCACUUGGCGGGUGUCACCUUAUUGGCAUUUGGUAACUCUUCCGCCGAUCUAUUCUCUAACUUGGCCCACGUUAAGGAAAGAGCACCCGUGUUUGCCAACAGUUUGUCAUCUGCCUUGUUUGUGAUAACGAUUUCCGGUGGCUUAAUAUGCUAUAUAUCUCCCUUUAAGAUGAACGGCUACGAAACUAUUCGGGAUAUUUUAUUUUUAAUUUGUGGAGCAUCAAUGAUAGACCUAAUCAUUGUUCUCACAGCCCAUACCUCUCACGGUCAUGAAUCUUAUUUUCUCAUUGUAUUCAUGGUCUACGUCGCCUAUAUAAUUGUCAAUAUAACAGAUUUUUACUUAUUGCGGAAAACCUUAAGAUUUUACUUAAUUAUUAUUCUAGCCACGGUAGAACAAAUAAAUGAGCUUAAUGGCCAAGCACUAACGCCGGAAAACGAAUUAUUGUUGAAACGGCUAGAGAAAAGAUAUAAAUACUAUUCCCAAGAUAGGGAAGUGGAGUUUUAUGAGAAAAGCAGUCAGCUCUCGAUAACCAGAAUUCGAUACACCACAUUGCAAAUGGUGCGAAAUACUCGCGUGAGCUUGAACCGACACUACUCCAGAAUUGCAGACUACGACAGAAGAAACCCGAAGAAUGCGAGAAUCUUCAAGGAUUUUUUCUUAGCACUAAGGCCCAUCAAGUGCCAGGCUUGGCGGCAGGCUGAUAUGCUCAAUCGGGUCCUUUUGUUGCUCAGGGCACCAGCCGAUAUCAUCUGCACCCUAUGCAUUCCACUGGUGGAUUAUGAAUUGAAAAAACAUGGCUGGAACAAGCUACUAAACUGCCUUCAUGUGAUAGUAAAUCCGGCUUUAUCCAUUUCGGCCAUUAUGUCUAUUUUACAAGGUAAAAGAAAUAGACUAUGGUACUCGGAUUUGGAUCAAAAGAUUGUAUAUGGAGCUUACUCUCUUGUAAUCACCGUGCCUAUCGCUGUGUUCGUACUCAUCCAUUCGAGGACUGAUGUGCCACCAGCUUAUCACUGGAUAUUUAUGAUAAUGAAUCUGACUGGCUCCAUGACCUUAAUAUUUAUCUGCGCAACGGAAAUCGACGGAGUACUCGAAGUACUUGGAAACUUAAUGGCCAUAGAUGAUGACUUUAUGGGUGCUACGGUAAAGGCUGUUACUGGAAAUUUGGGUACGCUAAUUGCUAACUUAUCUGUGGCUUUUCAAGGCUAUCCAAAAAUGGCAUUUGCAUCCGCCAUUGGUGGUCCUUUUUUUACUAUCGUCGUUACGGGAAAUGCAGUUAUAUAUGUUAGAAGUUUUUUAGGUGAUGUGGUUAGCGAUCGUGAACAAAUGGAACGAUAUGGUUUAUUCGCUUAUAUGUUUUUCCAUAUAAAUCUAAUUACCAUACUUCUGUGGUCCACAACUCUUGGAUUUUUCGCUCGCCGAUCGAUGGGAGUAUACUCGAUAGCUGUUUAUAUGAUCUAUUUACUAUUCGCUAUCCUAGUUCAUGCUGAAUUUAUUCAUUCGAUUAUUGAAGACCCUGAAGUUUCAGCUGCGAUUGGCGAUAUUUAGAUGCAGGACAAACUUGAACAACGCUCACAAAUCUCAUUUUCUAAAUUUCAUACUAGUCAAAAAUUUACUAUAGUGAUUGCCUAAACUUGAUACUUUUUUACUUUUAUUCUACUUAAAAAAAUAAAGUAUUCCCUUAAAGUUUUCAAAAUGUAGAAUUCUGAUACUUAUUAGUUUUUGAAGCACACCUUGCUGAGAUUUUGUGAUUACUGCGCAGAAUUUUCCCGGGAUUGAAGAGCCAGAGAAGAGGAAUGAAAAGCACACACAGACUGAAAGGAAACCAAAUAAUAUCGAGCGCGUGUGUGGCUAAGGGAAAAUGAAGGAAAAGAGUGGGAAAAGCCGGGUCGUUGACGUUUAUUGUUGGCUGCGCAAUUCCUUUUUUUUUCACCAACAGCUUUAAGGAUUUUCCACCAGCGAAUGUCAAUGACAGUUCAUGAGCCAAAACAUUUCAAUUUUCCGCUGCAUCAUUCGAGUUCGCUGACUCUUUUGGGCCAGGAUCAAGCAAUUAAAACGUUAAGCUUCAGCCACAGACCACACAGCGUAUGAGUCAUCUGAGUGUGGCUUAAAUGCACUUCACUUUUUGUUUAGCCACAGGCUAGUCUUCGAAAUUAAAUUUAAAUUCAAUUUUCAACUUCCCGCAGCUUAAAUGACAUUUAUGACUGAGAGGAAAGAGGAGAGUAAGAGCUCUUAGAAUGACAGACACGUGUAUAUAAAAACCUCUCGUAAUUCCGUCCGUUUUUUCUUUUCGUUUGCUCUCUGAAAGCCCCCAGGACACUUAAAGCUCAAAAUGUAGAUGUGUUUGUGUCCUCCAUUAAGUCUAGAACAUAAACGAUAAAUGCGAUUUGGUUAUUUAAGUCAUUGCAAUGAAAGCGUGGGGAAAAAAUAAGAAAAUAUGGUGGAGAAAUAAAGGAGAAAGGCGAUGAGGAAAGCCUGCCCCACGCAAAAACGUACAAGCACAGUCGUAGCACACCAAUACAGAAGCAAAUUGAAAUGGCGGAUGAGUCAUCCAAGGAAAAUGUUUGUAUGUGAGUGGCUACAGUCGCGUCGCAACGUAGUGGGAAUGCCAAAAAGCAGAGGGCAAGGAACAGGACAUAAGGAUGGAACGAAGAAAGGAAGGAAGGAAGAAAGAGCGAACCAAAUGGUGAAUCAUCUUUCAAGAGCCAAA